AUGUCUCUCAAGGUCGUCGUCCUCGCCUGCGUGGCUGUCGUCGCUCUGUGCGACAAGGCCCCAGUCCAAGAUCCCCUCCCCCCCGUCUACACCCCUAGACCUGCAUAUCACGCCCCUGCACCUUACCACGCCCCCGAACCCGCCUACCACGCCCGCGCACACUACGAGCCCGAAUACCCCGAUGUGCCCCCGAAGUACAACUACAACUACGGUGUCGCCGACGGAUACUCCGGCGCCAACUUCGCCGCUUCGGAGUCCCGCGAAGGCUACAAGACCGAGGGCGGCUACACCGUCGACCUCCCCGACGGCCGGAAGCAGAUCGUCAAGUAUGUGGACAACGGCGACGAGAUUAUUCACUGCCCUGUAAUGCAUUUCAAGGGCACUAUAAUCAGCCCCUCAGGUCAUGAGAGAAAGGCCUACAGCGGAGACAACGCACGAACGAACGCACACUGUCGCAUAUAUAAGGGGAAGCGUCAAGCACCAAUUAUCAUUCAGUCUCCAACCAUGUCUCUCAAGAUGUCUUUGUCUUUCCUUACAAGUAACAUGCAGCUCUGUCCACAGGUCGUCGUCCUCGCCUGCGUGGCUACCGUCGCUCUGUGCGACAAGGCCCCAGUCCAAGAUCCCCUCCCCCCCGUCUACACCCCUAGACCUGCAUAUCACGCCCCUGCACCUUACCACGCCCCCGAACCCGCUUACCACGCCCGCGCACACUACGAGCCCGAAUACCCCGAUGUGCCCCCGAAGUACAACUACAACUACGGUGUCGCCGACGGAUACUCCGGCGCCAACUUCGCCGCUUCGGAGUCCCGCGAAGGCUACAAGACCGAGGGCGAGAUUAUUCACUGCCCUGUUGACGAUUAG